GACACAAGGCGGGUUAGAACAGACACGAUGUGUGUUUCCCGCAAAGAGAGUCGACUGUACACGAACUAACGCAGCUCUGGGACAAUUACACCACCUCACAUGUGUGAAAAAUUGAAGUAGUGCCGGUUUUUUUGCUAUAACCGCCCCCGAGGAUCCCACCGACGGGCGACGCAGGACUCCGAAACAAGCGCGUCCACGCUUGAUCUGAGGAGCUAGCGAGAAUAACGCAGAAGCUAAGUAGCUAAUGAGAUGGCGACGGCGAUAUACCUGGAGCAUUACCUUGACAGUAUUGAAAACCUGCCAUGUGAGCUGCAGAGGAACUUUACUUUGAUGCGGGACCUGGACAAUAGGACUGAAGAAAAGAAAGGAGAGAUUGACAAACUGGCUGAAGAGUACAUCGCGAAGGUGAAGAACCUGGCCUCAGAGCAGAGAGUGGAGCAUCUGCAGAAGAUCCAAAAUGCCUACAGCAAGUGCAAAGAGUUCAGCGAUGACAAAGUCCAGCUCGCAAUGCAGACAUACGAAAUGGUGGACAAACAUAUCCGCAGACUGGAUGCAGAUCUGGCGCGGUUUGAGAAUGAACUGAAAGAGAAACUGGAAAUGAGCGGCUACGAAAGUACAGAAGGAAGAGCCGUGAAAAAGGGUGAAACCCGGGGGCUGAGAGAGAAGCGUGCAUCCAGAGGAAGAGCAAGGAAAUGUUCUGAAGAAGAUUCUCCCAAAAAGAAAAAGAUAAAAAACAGCCCAGACUUGAGUGAGGCUCUCCUGCCGAUGCAGCCGUCAGACGUUUUGGACAUGCCGGUCGAUCCCAACGAGCCUACGUACUGCCUCUGCCAUCAGGUGUCAUAUGGAGAGAUGAUUGGAUGCGAUAACCCGGAUUGUCCGAUUGAGUGGUUUCACUUUGCUUGUGUUGAUCUCGCCUCUAAACCCAAAGGAAAAUGGUUUUGUCCGAGGUGCACCCAAGACAAAAAGAAGAAAUGAGAUACCUGCUUUUUGGAAAUAAGUUAAAGGUAACCUCUGUAUUAUCAACUUGGACCCUUUUUUCCCCACAUUUUUGUGUCUUAAGUGACUAAUGGAACAAAAAAAUUCCUGAACACAAUUCCUGUCUUCUUCACUGGCAUUCCGAGAUAAUAAGUGACAACUUUUAGGUACAUAGACCUUCAUCAGGUUACUACGUUAUUAAAGGUUAAAACAAUUUUUGAAAUAAGUCCAGAACUUAAGGAGAACGCUGCAGACAGCCACUUAAACAUGCAACAGUAUAAUCAUUGGGGCCACUCCUCACCGCCGGUGUAUGUCCAGUAAAAGUGCUUGUUGUUGCCGCUGACAGGCUCAGAUUGUUAUUAUAAGUGUCUGAGGACAUUAUGGAAGAAACCCUACAGAGAAACACGCCUUUACCUUUCUCUUGAGCUGGUCUGUUUGUUAUUGUGUCUAAUAUAGCAUCACUCAAGUAGAAGUCUGGUUCUGAAACGUGUUGGCCGAAGACAACGUUGGAAAUGUGACUGAGUGUUAGACAGAUGAGAGCCGGUGUUGUUAGAAUUUGUUUGGUUGGAGGACAGACAGUUUAUUUUUGUGUUAUCUAACAGAUUUGGAAUUUCAUGGCUGAAUAUUUAGCUGAUUUCGACAAUACCUAAACUUCUCAAGGGUAUCGAGCGAGACUUCUCCUUGAGCGAGACUUGGUUAGACAUUAUAACAAACAAAAGGAAAAGAGAGAGGUUUUAUUUCUGUGCUCAGACACUUAUACCUUUAAUAAAAAUCUGAGCCUGUAAGUGGUAAAAACAAGCACUUUUAGUGGAUUUGAAUUGACUAUAGAUAACAUUGUUGCAUGAUGAAAAAUUGUUGUCCACGUAAGCCAGACACAAAAACAUGGAAAAAAGAGUUUGGGUUGAAAAAAAUACAGAAGUUACCCGUUAACUUAUGAUGUAUGUAUUGUUGUAGUUAAUAGUGUAAUGUGUAUAUAUUUCAGAUCCUAUAACUCUCCAUAGACUUGGUGGGUCAUACUGCUUUUUUUAAAGGCCUCAUCUGGAUUGGGAGUAUAGCUAUAUGCUUGUGGCACCGUUAUCUCUCCUACCUAUCAGAACGUCCUUCCUCUCAAACCAUGUAGUGUAAAUACUAUCAUCACUAACAUACUCACAAAUCUUGGAUUGUGGCUCGAGCAUACUUGAAAUAUAUAAAAUUUUAUAAAGAACUAUUUUUUAAAAGAAUCAACAGCCUGCUGAGAAUUUACGAUUUUUAAAACACCUUACCAAAAUGUUGGUGGUAAAAGGAAUUAUGUGUCAGAUUUUCAGUUACCUACCUCUUUAGGGAAUAAACCAGCUCUGUGUAAACGACUGCAAUUGAUACCAGUGUAAAAAUUAUAUAUAUAUGUGUUUUGAUUAUCUUAAACCACACAAGCAAAGCAAUGUAUGGUCAUUCUUUAUCGAUUUUUUCAAAGAACCUAUGACAUUAUUGAAUGUAUUGUGGUACUAAAGGUCAGUCAGUCAGUGUCUCUGAAUGAGGUAUUUAAGCACUUUGAUUCAAAUUAUCCCCUGAAGAGGUUUAAUACUGCAGGCUUGAUUUUAUGAUAUAGUGUAUCUCCUUUAAAACUUUGCCAUAGUGCAUCACAAACCACAUGGAAAUGCAGUUUAUAAUACACACAUCUAUAUAUAUAUAUAGAUAGAUAUGUUUUGUAUGAUAAGAAACAAUAUUUUGUGGACACGGUUUCUUUUCCCAAAGAGAGAGAUAUAUAUAUAUGUAUAUAUAU